AUGUAUAAGGAAAACAUCACUCUGGUGAGCGAGUUCAUCCUGGUGGGCUUCCCUACUGCCCCUGGGCUGCAGGUGCUGCUCUUCUUCUUCUUCCUUAUUACUUACCUGUUUGUGUUGUUAGAAAAUCUGGUCAUCAUCCUGACUGUGUGGGUCACUGGCUCCCUGCAUAAGCCCAUGUACUACUUUCUGGGCACUCUGUCCUUUCUGGAGACCUGGUAUAUAUCUGUCACAGUUCCCAAGAUGCUUACUGGAUUCCUCCUUCAUCCUAACACCAUCUCCUUCUUGGGUUGCAUGACUCAGCUCUAUUUCUUCAUCUCCCUCGCCUGUACUGAAUGUGUACUUUUGGCUGCCAUGGCCUAUGACCGUUACGUGGCUAUCUGUUGGCCUCUUCGCUAUCCAGUCAUGAUGACCACUGGAUUUUGUGUCCAACUAACCAUCAGUUCCUGGGUGAGUGGCUUCACUAUCUCUAUGGCAAAGGUAUACUUCAUCUCCAGAGUGGCCUUCUGUGGCAAUAACAUCUUGAACCAUUUUUUCUGUGAUGUGUCUCCCAUCCUCAAGCUGGCCUGCAAAGACUUUUCUUUGGCUGAGAUGGUAGACUUUGCAUUGGCCAUCGUCAUCCUUGUGUUUCCUCUCUCAGCCACUGUCCUUUCCUACGCCUUCAUUGUCUCCACCAUCCUGCACAUCCCCUCAGCCAGUGGGCAGCGGAAGGCCUUCUCCACCUGUGCCUCUCACCUCACAGUGGUGAUCAUCUUCUACACAGCUGUGAUCUUCAUGUAUGUCCGGCCUCGGGCCAUUGCAUCAUUCAAUUCUAACAAGCUGAUCUCAGCCAUCUACGCAGUCUUCACCCCCAUGCUCAACCCUAUCAUUUACUGCCUGAGGAACAAGGAGGUCAAAGAUGCCAUUAGAAAAACCAUGACGAGUGGACGAGCCCCUUCAUUAGGUGAAAGUCUGCAACUAUAA